AAGUUAAGUUCAUGUAGCCGACAGCAUUUCCCCAUACACCUGCCAUCAAAUCUCGGCAAGUUUACAGCGCCAGAACUUGUUCACCUGUAUGCAAGACAACACAAGCCAACCGAGACUCAUACAAACACACACACAAACACUCUACUCACGUUCAAUUCGAAAUCGUCGUCAAAUGCAAAAAGUUCUUUGCUGCUGCUGCUGUUUCUUCGCGUUACAGAAACGCACGCACGCAAACGCGUUCAAUAAUUAACUACAACUUCAAACCAAACUCGAGCAACAAUUAGUUUAUUUUUUUUCACUCUCUGAGAGUCGCGACGAAAGUGUUGGUGCGCGUUUCGAUACAAAUAAUUCGAAACAAACAGUUUGUGAUCAUCGUUUCAAAAAAACUACGCAUCUAAAAGGAAGGACGGAAAUACUUUUUUGUUUUUUGGGAAAUAUAUCAAGAAGCAACUCAAAAAAUUCAUCAUUCAAAUUGAAAGAAAUAAAGAGAGAGAAAAGAAACAAAAAAAAAAUCCAGUCUCACAUCAUCGAUUCGGACCUUCUCUGGAUGACUUCCGGUUUCUGGCCGCCUUCCCACUGAAAUGACGGGAUUUAACGUGCCGCGGUUUCUGGUUUGUUUUCUUGUGAUCUUGUUGUGCAACGUGCAUCUUUCCAUGGGGCAACAAGAGGAGGCCGUCUGCUAUGGGUCCGGAUCCAUCGCGUUGAGUGUUAUUUUGACGCUCCUCAUCGGAGCCGCCCUCGCCCUCAUCAUAUUCUUCCUCUGGAGGAAGUACAUUUACAAUAAAAGGGUGAAACAUUUGAUUAUGGAAACGGACCCCGAGAAGGGCGUGGGAGAAUAUUCAUUUGAUAAUCCAGGUUUCAAAGAUGUUACAUUAACACCAGUAGAAACUGCUUUGGAAAAGUCGAAAUUGGAAUCACCUAUGAAAACCAAAUGGAACCAGUGGCCACAAAUAGGUGUACUCUCCAGCAAAAACGAGAGGAAACGUACUUUUGAUGAUUCAAAACUUGAGGAUCAAGAGAAAAUAGUGUCAUUGCGUAGCCACGAUUUCACGGGUUUGGGCUUCAAUAUUUGCGGCAACAUGAAAGAAGGUAUCUUCAUCAGGGACGUGUUAAAUAAAGGGCCAGCAUUUGAGAGUAAACUACUUAGUUCGGGUGAUCGAAUCACGAGUGUGACUAUUGAUUUCGAGCAUAUUGUUUACGAGGAUGCUUUGGCUAUAUUGAGUUAUGCAAGUCCUUACGAAGUUGUGAUUUCUGCGAAGAACAAGAAAGGAUUUGCGUUUUCCGGACCGGCGAAAGUACCCAGGCAUUUGAUCUUCAGGAGUUCUUCGAAUGUGGAUUUGUCGCAUAAGAAUAAACGCACGGCGCCUUUGGAAGAGAAUAGCAGCGAAAUCGAUUCGAAUUAUUCCAGUUUGCAGAAGUCUAGGAGUACGGUGACGACUUUGGAGAGGACGAAGUCGAAAUCGCCGAAACCGAUGCCGAAAUUGAAUAAAAUGAAAGCGGCGAAGCCAGAAACGCCUCCAAGAGUUGACAGCGAGUUGCAGAGGUCAGAGAAUAAGCAUCAAAAGUUUGGUAUCAAAGUAUUGCCUGCGGUGAACGUCAAUGAGAGGAGCAAUUUGAAGAGCACCGAGUUGCUGCAAAACGAUAACAAUUUGAACAUUGAAAGCACGACGCAAAACGUCGAUGAGGUGGACAGGAAGCAGCCGCCAAUUAAGAAGCGCGAAAAGAUUAAUAAGGUUGUUGUUGAACCGCCUCAGCAGCAGCAGCAACAACAGCAGGUCGAAGACCAUCAGUUCGAUCGGCAGAACGUUUUAAAUAGUUCGGGAAUCAAACGUGACGAGAAUAAUAUACCUCUCGAGAUUCCUAACACGAUGCUCUACGCCGCGGCGGCAGCUCGCAAGAACCGAAAGACCGUCGAAGAGGAAGAUGUUAAAUCGCCGAAGAGAAAAGGUAAAGCGCCUGCUCCUCCUCCAGAGAACAGAGCGGAUGAUAGCACUAAUUACAUGGACGAAGAGGAAGAGAUGAUCUCUUCAUUAUCAUCGAACACGCUGAAUAAAAGCGACGAUUCCAUCGAAAGGAUGAACCCGGACGUCUCUAACGUCAUCAUCACCAGCGAUAUGAAAGAUUACAACUCGGAUUCCGAUAUAGAAGUGGAUAAUCAGUCUUCAGUGAACACCAUAGAGUUGAAUUCGAGCGAUAUAACUGUGCACCAGAGCGAAGAAAAUGAGGAUAGGCAAAACAGGAAGACUGCGAGCACCGGUGAUCUGACGAAGAUCAAAUCGGGGAAGUCGAGCACUCUGGAGAGGGCCCAGAGUCUGGACAUCACGGAUAACGCUAUGCCGACGUUACCCAAGAAGCGGAAAUCCGGAAAAUCGGUCGAAGAUAACGAUUCAAAAACGAGCUCGGAUGAGAGUUUGUACCGGAACGCUAUAAUAAAUAAAGAACCUCGCUUAUCGUUGAUACUCGACGGGUUAAACACUUUCCAAAGGAACAGAUUGAAGAAGUCUUCGGAAUGGGGUAAUCUCGAAGACGCGAUUUUGAGGCAGGACGAAAGCUCUGAAAGUCUCGGAGAUCGCAGCAGCUUCGAAGAUCUGAAAAUUUCCAUGGAAAAUAUAAGCACUGCAGAUUUCGGGGCUAAAUCCGAAUUCGAUGCUUUAGUCAGUAAAAUAAAUGAAAUUAAGCAAGAAACCAUCGAUAUCAUCAACGGACAGGAUAGGAGUUUAACGCAAAUGAGAGCCGGCGAAGAGGUUUUCGAAGAGCUGAAGAUCAACGACGAACCGAUCGAAGUGGUGAAAACGGUGAAGAAUCAGAUCUGGCCGAUAUUCGAGAACAACGUGGAAACAGGCGAAAGGAUUAUGAAGCCCAUGGAAUCGUUCGAAACGAAUCUCAUCAUUCCCGAAGAUAAAUACGAGGAAGUGAAAAUGGAUAGCAUCGAAACGGUAAAAGAGGUGGUCUCCCAUAAACCAACGAUAACGCACGAAAUCACCAAACCGAUUACUCAAGCAUCAUCGAAAGAAAUCGAAGAUUUUCUGUUGGCCGAACGCAUAGCAAACACGAGGAAUUAUGUGGAACGCAACGAUACGAACGUUCCUGACGACUUGAAGGUCUCAAGGCAUUCUUUGGAAAGUCUGGAACGUCAGAAAAUUAACAACGAUAAUAUUAGCAACAUCACGAUUCUGGAAACGUCUCAGCCGCAAUUCCAAGUGAACAUCAACGAAACCGAAAUUAAAUACGACAGCAUUCCAACUAAUAUGGAUAAUGUAACUAUCUCCACUCCGGAUUUGAUCAAGAACAUAACCAUUUCCGAUACCAGUUUCGAAUCCAACGCCGAAGUCACCGUUGAUUGCCCCACGUCUUUGACGUUCGAAAUAACAGGAGAUUUGAAUGAUUUGACCAGUGAAAUAGAUCUGAAAGAACCGGAUUUCAGUAGUAUAAGCGAAAUGAAUAGGAAACUGGAAAGCGACUCGGAGAACAGCUCAAGUUUAACGUACAUCACGGAAAUACAGGUGAUGACUCCGAAUAAUAAAGAGAGAAACGUGUCCGAGAUUGAGAUCGUUCCCAGUUUGGACGAUGAGGAGAUGCCCGAUAUGAAGAACCUCGACAACGAAUUCGAGAAUUACCUGAAGAAGUUCGAGCACAACAUACAGAAUUUCGAGCAUAAUAUAAACAGUUUCGAGAAGACUAUUCAGGAUGUUGAGGAAACUGUUAAGAAGGAUACGGUGCAAAGCACGAAGAGUAUUGUAAUCAAUGAUAAAGUGGAUCCGGCCAAAGAGUUGCAGAAGGUUCAGGAGAUCGUCGAGGAGCAGCUGAAGAAGUUACCGGAGAUGCGAUUCACCACGUCCAGUUACGAGAGUCAAAUCAGAGCACCGGAGACGCGUCAAUCGCAGAUCGAAAUUUUGAGAUCGAACUUCGAGAAGCCCUCCGUUGCACCGAAAUCGCUGAGAUCCGAGGUGAGUCCGCCGAAAUCUCGUAUACCGGUUCUGAAUAAGACGCCGCCGACGUCGCCGGAGCGUAGAGAUUCGAAGAUCUUGGACACGGAGCCGGACAAGGAACUUCUUGAGAUGAUGUCCUCGCACAUUCCCAUCAACUUGAAGCAUCAACCGAAAGCUGCCGCGAGGAACAUCACCGUAACAUCGAUCCGCACCAACUCCAAAUUACCUUCUGGUUUACCGACUUACUCUAGUCGACCGCCAGUACCUCCGAAGAGGGGCGACAGCGAAGACAACCUCGUCCAAAUCUCCACCAACGGCAGCACGGAAAACUUCAAGCAAUGGGUUUUCAACCCGAACCAUUCCUCGGUGACAAACAUCACCGUCACCGACACGAAAUUCAACAGCCAAAAAUAAGUAACGAGAUUUACAAACAACAAAAAAUAUGUAAGUUUAGGUGCCAUAAGGGGAAGGAGAUGAGAGAGAAAGUAAUUGCGAGCAGGACGAAGCCAAAUCGAUCAAAUCUUAUAUUAAAUUGUACAUCAAUCGAUUAGGAUCAAAUAUUUUGAUCCGAACCAUUCGAAUCGCCAAUUAAAUGUUUCCAUUCAACUUCUAUUAUCAUCUAUUAAUAAUAAUUUAGAUCACGAAACCGUCCUGCAGAUUACUGUAAAUAUUUUUUUUUAUAAAUGUGAAACAACAGCAUCUAUUUUCAUAUU